AUGCUUGAAGUUUCAUCAACUGAGAUUAUUUUUGACUUAAAAAAUGACAUAUAUAUCCCUUACAACUUAAGUUUAAAAAAUGUCACAUCCCUUUACUUAGCAUAUAAAGUUUAAAGAAAAACUUAUUCGAUAGAUUAAAUCCACAAAACCAGAACUAUUUUCUGUUAAAUAAAGUAGGGGAUUAAUAUCACCACAUUAAUCUGAAGUUGUAGAAUUUAGUACAACAGAUAGAGCUAAAGUACAUUAUAAAUAAGAAUAUAGGAAGAAUUCAGAUCCAAAGUAUAUCGUGAAUCAAAAAUUCUAAAUUUAUGUUAUUAGUGUUUAAGAAAAGAAAUCAGUAAAACCAAUCAUAUAGUUAGAUUGCUGAAAUUGACAAUCUCUUUCAAUCUCAAGCUUGUUUUAAUAUUAGAUUAUGUACAAGUAUUUUGAAAGAAGAAUUUGGUAAAAAAAUUCCAAUUUUUGGGAAUAAUUUGGCUUCUAGUCAUGCAUCAGUUUUAGUAUUAAAUUAAUUUAUAAUUUUAAUUAGUCAAAUAGUAGAACAGAAUCUUAGGCUACUAUGCAGUCAAUUAUAUAUCCAACUCCAUUAACUAAUUAAGUUUAAUGUGUUUAAAGACUAAAAUAAAUUGAAUUAGAUCUAGUAAUAUUUAUUUAUAAUAAAAUAAGGCAGAAGAAAAACGAAAGAGAGAAUAACUUUAUAAUACAAUUGAAAUAUCAAAAUUAAAGAAAGGUUUAUUAGUUUGUUUAAUUAAUAGGAUCUUCCCUUUUUAAAUUUAUUUUGCCAAUAAUUUUAGGGAUUCUCUUAUCCAAUAUUUACUAAAUGAGUCUUUAAUAUUAUGAAUGA